AUGAACCUACUUCUAUCCGCCACAGCACUCCUUGUGCUUUCUGCCUUUCCAUCGGCAAGCGCUCAGCGAUACCAAUACCGAUGGGAGCCUUCAAUCUCUCCUGCACCGACUGAAACAGCAAUUCCCUCGCCCUCGCCAUCAGAUGUUCCAACAACCACCAUGGCUCCGACCAUUACUGGAAAGCCCACGGUUACGGCAUCUGCACCUCCAACAGUGACCAACAAACCUACGGAUUCACCAACAGAGUCCCCUGCUCCCUCUCCAUCUCCUUCUGAUAUUCCUUCUGGGAGUCCUUCGGCAGCACCAUCUUCGUCUCCAUCUUCAAUUCCAUCCAGCAGUCCCAGUUUUGUUCCAAGUGAUAUGCCAAGUCUGGCUCCUACUCACGUUCCGAGUGCAGUCCCAUCUGUCUCCCCAACAAACCGCCCAACUGUUACACCGCAGCCGAGUAUUCCACCAACCGAAUUUCCCACAAUCACCUCAAAGACUCAAUUUGCCGAGACUGACUAUAUUCUUAGCGACGUUCCCGGAGCUUUGCCGGCAAAGCAACUUGUAACAUUCACAACUGUGGCCAAGGAAGUUCUCCAGUCGAUGGUCGAUAAGGAGGAGUCUGCCAAGAUUGAUAUUUUAUACGUCGAAGUUCUUGACCAAGUAUUCACACCUGCCAAUGGAGAACGUAGACAAUUGAAGAAAGGAGACGAGAAUGGCAUUUUGCAAAUUGCUUUGAAGGUUGCUGCCGAAAUUAGUCCUGGAGACUUUGCUGGAUUUCCCGAGUUGCUCGACUUCAUUGUUCUCAGUACGGAAACAGACAAGGUGAUGGAAGAAAAGUUGAAGAGAGCAAAGGACUUUUAUGGAUUCACCCCAGCAGCUGUAGAGGGAAGUGGAUCUGGAGGAAAGGAAGAUGUUACUUUCUCCAAUGGAGCACUUGCUGGUAUCGCGCUAAGUUGCGUUGCUGGCGUUGCCCUUCUCUUCUACCAUGGCCGAAAGACUCAUUACCGUGUCCUCACCAGAAAGCGUGGAUCUUAUGAUCGAAGUGGUGAAGGGAUUCUUGCCGGAAGCAAUGAUGACUAUAGUGCUGAUGCCUAUGGCAAGAACAGCUACAUUCCAAAAGAUUGGGAUGCAUCUAGUCCACAAUCUGUUGGUGAUGACGGAAGCAAACUUACUUCUUUCUCCACCGAGGCAGUCAUGGGUGGCAAGCCCAGCUCGAAGAGGUCUUUCAAUCCCAAAAAGAUGUUCCGUCGAAGCGGCAAGCAAUCCCCGACUCAGGCCAACGAAGCCAUUCUUGACGACCUUGAAAAGAACUUUUCGGAUAGCAUUCAAAUCACUCAUACAACUUCGGAUAUGGUGAGCCGCUCUAGUACGGGCCGCUCUGGCAUGGGUCGUAGAGAGCCAAGCGCUGCAUCUGAUGCCGCAAUGAUGCCUCCUGUCAUGGAAGAUGAAAGUGGCCAUUCCCGUGGCACUCUACGAUCAAACAACACUCUUGAAGAAAUGACAGCGAUCGAAACCAUUUUGGAGAAUCCUUCGGAUGAACAAACUAGAGGACAUUAA